GGCGGGACGAGCUCUGUGGAGCAGGCUUGUGACCGUGUCUGCUGUUCACUGCGUCAGGAGCCCUGAUCCGCGGCUCUCGGUGAGGGAGUGGACCGGCCCGGGGGUUGGACCCAUGAGGGAAAGGAGCGGGACCCCGAACCUCCAUGAGUUCUGGCUUGCCUUUUCACUUCUUUUGAGAGUGCAGGACAAUGCUGAAAGGAAUGACAAGGCUUAUCUCCAGGGUCCAUAAGUUGGACGCUGGACAUUUUUUGCACACGGGGAGCCAGGCACCCCAAAACCUUGCUGCUCAUCUGGAUAAUCAGGUUCCAGUUGAGAGUCCCAGAGCUGUUUCCCGCACCAGUGAGAGUGACCCGGCAAAGCAUGGGGAGCAGCAUGAGGGUCAGCACUACAACAUACCUCUCCAGGAUCUGAAGGCUGUAUUCCCCCAUGGCCUGCCUCCUCGCUUUGUAAUGCAGGUGAAGACAUUCAAUGAAGCUUGCCUGAUGGUAAGGAAACCAGCGCUAGAGCUUCUGCAUUACCUGAAAAAUACCAAUUUUGCUCAUCCAGCUGUACGAUAUGUUCUCUAUGGGGAGAAGGGAACAGGAAAAACCCUCAGUCUUUGCCAUAUUAUUCAUUUCUGUGCAAAACAGGACUGGCUGAUACUGCAUAUUCCAGAUGCACAUCUUUGGGUGAAAAACUGCCGGAAUCUUCUACAGUCCACCUACAACAAACAGCGUUUGGAUCAACCUUUAGAGGCUUCGAUCUGGCUGAAGAAUUUCAAAACUGCAAAUGAGCGUUUCUUGAGUCAGAUAAAAGUUCAAGAGAAGUAUGUCUGGAAUAAGCGAGAAAGCACUGAGAAAGGCAGUCCUCUGGGAGAAGUAGUUGAACAGGGCAUAACGCGAGUGAGGAACGCCACAGAUGCAGUUGGGAUUGUGCUCAAAGAGCUAAAGAGGCAAAGUUCUUCGGGUAUUUUUCACCUCCUGGUGGCAGUGGAUGGAGUCAAUGCUCUCUGGGGAAGGACCACCCUGAAAAGAGAAGAUAAAAGCCCAAUUGCCCCAGAGGAACUAGCGCUCAUCUACAACCUGAGGAAAAUGGUGAAGAAUGAUUGGCACGGAGGCGCCAUUGUGUUGACUUUGAGCCAGACUGGAUCUGUCUUUAAGCCUCGGAAAGCCUUUCUGCCCCAGGAGUUGCUGGGAAAGGAAGGAUUUGAUACCCUGGAUCCCUUUAUUCCCAUCCUGGUUUCCAACUAUAACCCAAAGGAAUUUGAAAGUUGUAUUCAGUAUUAUUUGGAGAACAAUUGGCUUCAACAUGAGAAAGCUCAUACGGAAGAUGGGAAAAAGGAGCUACUAUUCCUAAGUAAUACGAAUCCUGGGCAGCUGGAGCGGCUCUGUGCCUACCUCUAAGCCAUGGUCACGUGUGCAAGACGACGGACAUAUCCUUUAAGAGACCCAGGCCCAAAAAGAUGGGACAGUGCCACAGUACACAGGAAGAGCAGCCGUGCCCCUCGUCACGGGCCCGGACAGCACUGCAGCCAGCUCCCAGCCUUCAUUGAAAUGCUUCCUUAUGAAGUGACUGUAAUGGCACGAAGACAUCCUCUUGUUCCUGAAACUAUUAUCAGUUUAUUAGAUGUGGUUUUCACAUUUUUAAAUAAUCAUGGAUCUUUUCCUUAAAAAUUAAAUUAUCUUUCUUAAAGUUUUGUGUUAGAUAUAUAAGAUGGAAAGAGCCUUCACACUGGCCACAUUGAAUUUCUCUGGCAUUCUGCUCCUUGGGGGUCUGAAGAGACUAAAUUCUACCGAAAUUUCCAGUAGUUGUGUUUUCCAAACUUUAUUCAAUUCAGGAGAUUGAGAUUCACAGCUUAACUUCUCCCCUGAGACACAGACCAUUCACUUCCUAUUUAUAAUUUUAUUGAUAGCAGCUGAGAACCUCACUGACACGCCGGCCGAGCCUGGCAGCUUUGUAUGGUAUAGCCCCUUCUACAGGUUCCUGAAGAAUUAAGUACUAAACCCCUACAGCGUACAGUGUAUGUCAUGAAUGAACUUAUCUUUGAUGCAUGUAGAGUAGUACUAUCUGUGUACCAUCUUUGGGAGAUUUGAGAAAAUAGUGACUCAACCCAAUUCCAGUAGAGUUAAACUCUCUCACUGUACCCACGUUGUUGGUGUCGAGUCAGAAGUUGGAUUCCCAGAUCUGCCACUUUAUUAGCUUUCUGUCUUAGGGUCUCUCAGCCUAUUUCCUUCUUUAAUUUCACUUUAUCUCUAUUUCACCUUAUCUAAUGGUGAUGAUAAUGUCCAACUUUCAGGGGUUUUGUGAGAAUUAAAUCACAUAAUAGACGUAAAGUACCUCACACAUAGUAGGUACCCAUUAAACAGUAGGUAGUUACCAUUUGUAACUUGGAUUUUAUAAUGCUUUAUUUGGAAAAUUACUGUGAAGGAGACAGUCUGUGAAUGUAUAUCUGCUUCCUCUCUAGAGAGCCAGCUUCCUCUACCCCUAAAUCGCCUCCUCGAGGAUUCCUUAUCAGAAAUAGAACUUCCGCCCCUGACCCAAUCCCCAGUCAGUUUAGCUGGACUGUGUUCUAGCAUCAGACUCAGACAACAGCCUUACAGAGACAGCUUAACCAGCUCCCAAAGUGGAACGCUUGAACCCAUUUAACAGUCGCUCUUAAUAUGGUUCUGCUUCUCUGAUUGAACUCUGAUUGAUACACCUCCCCAUAUGGUUAGUCAAGCCUUUAGAUUUAUCUUUUCAAUAGCUCAGACUUUCCUCCUCUUCAUCCUCACUUCCAGUGCCAUCGUAACCGCGCCUCUUCUUGUUUGAGUUACUGUAAUCAUUUGCUAGUUUGUUUCUCUGCCCCCACCCAUUCUUGGCUCCUCCCUCCAGUCCAUCUUUCACAGGACUGCCUAGUGAGCUUUCUAAACACAACCUAUCACACAGUUCCCUUAGUUGAUGUCAUUCAGUGGCUUCACUAUGCCUUUUUUCCAAUUAUUUGUGCCAUGUAUAUGUUUAAAAGUUCAAAUUAUACAUAAACAUAUGUCAUGGAAAAUCAGGUCCUUUCCUUACUCUCAGCUCCCUUUUCUAGAGGCAACUUCUGUUCCAAAUUCCAGAGACAAAAUUCUAUACAAAAAAUAAGCAUGUUUUUAAAAUAAAAGUGUACUAUUCUAUA